UUGAAAUACACCGUAAUCAAAUAGUAGCGCAACAUGCAUGGCUGCGCACGUUAGCAUAGCACCGCUACUAAAAAGAAAAUGAAAAUCCCAGAAAAAUAAAAAAAAAAUUCCAUGUAAUUUCACACUUUAAGAAUUAGGGUUUCGCGGCCUUCUCUAUUUUCUCUCCUUGGUCUCUCAAUUCAACCCCCUGGAAUCAGAAAAAGCUCAAAGCUUUGACGUUAGUUAAGGAGAAAAGAUUUAAUUUUGUGAAAGCUUUUUCCUUUUUUUCUGCAUAUUUCUUUGUUGGAAAUUUUGAGGGGAAAAGAUGGAUGAAGGAGAGGGAGGGGAACAGACGGAUCAGUUCCAUAGAAACGAAGCGAUCUCGGCCGUUGCUGACGAGGGUUUUUUAGGUGAAGAAGAUGAUGAUUAUGAAGAUCUUUACAAUGAUGUUAAUGUUGGUGAAGGGUUUCUUCAAUCUUUAAGAAAAAACGAAGAUUUUGGGUUUAGAAAUGAGGAAACUAAGAAUGGCGCAAAUAAUAAUAAUAAUAAUAAUAGUGGGGGGAAAGUUGGUGGAUCACCAAUGGGUGCCCGGGACACUGGUGUUUCAAUUCCUGAGGUUGCAGGUGGUGGUGAAAGAGGGGAUUCCAGAGUCUCUUAUGAGAGUCAAGGGUUUAGAGGUGGUGGUGAUGUGAAGGGACCUAGUGCGGGCGUUGGUGGUGGUGGAGGUGGGCUUAGGGUUGAAUUAGCACAGUCAUCGAUUAAGUUGAAUCAGACAGCUGGGGAGCAGAGUGGGAAUACUAAUAGUAGUUUAGGUGGUGUAGGUGGUAUGGGACAGCAGGGACAUGGCAUCGGGAAUAUGGGAAGUGUUGAGAAUGAGGGAUUGAUGAGGCAAGGAGGUGUAGGAGGCGGGAGUGUGAAUGGUGUUGUUGGUGGUGGUGGUGGUGGUCCUAUGAUUGGGAAUGGGGGUGGCAAUGUGGGUAUUGCCGGUACUGUUGCUGGUCCUGGUGUUGCUGCAAGUGGGGGUGGAGGUGGUGGGACGAUAUUGUUUGUUGGAGAUUUGCAUUGGUGGACAACAGAUUCUGAACUGGAGUCAGAGUUGUGCAAGUAUGGGCCUGUGAAGGAAGUGAAGUUUUUUGAUGAGAAAGCUAGUGGGAAGUCAAAAGGGUAUUGUCAGGUUGAGUUUUAUGAUCCAGCUGCAGCCACAGCUUGUAAGGAGGGAAUGAAUGGGCAUAUGUUUAAUGGAAGGCCUUGCGUUGUUGCCUUUGCAUCGCCAUUUACUGUUAAGAAAAUGGGAGAGGCUCAGUUAAAUAGGAAUCAGCAGAUGGCACAGUCUGCCCUUCCGCAAGCUAGGAGGGGCCCUAAUGAUACUGGGGGUAAGACUGGUGCUAGUAACAUUCAAACUGGUGGGAAUUAUCAAGGUGGGGAUAAUAAUAGAGGUUAUGGGAGAGGGAAUUGGGGAAGAGGCAAUGCUCAGGGAAUGGGAAAUAGAGGUCCAGUUGGUCCUAUGAGGAAUAGGGCUGGUGGGAUGGGUGGUAGAGGUAUCAUGGGAAAUGGUGGAAAUGGAUUUGGACAGGGUAUCGGUCCGACGCCUCCUCUCAUGCACCCGCAGUCUAUGAUGGGUCAAGGUUUUGAUCCUGCUUUUGGUGGGCCGAUGGGAAGAAUGGGCAGUUAUGGAGGCUUUCCUGGUGCUCCAACGCCCCCAUUUUCGGGGAUUUUAUCUUCGUUUCCUCCUGUUGCAGGAGUUGGUUUGCCUGGAGUGGCUCCUCAUGUUAACCCUGCCUUUUUUGGAAGAGGUAUGCCCAUGAAUGGUAUGGGGAUGAUGCCCACAAGUGGUUUAGAUGGGCCUAAUAUGGGAAUGUGGUCAGAUCCUAGCAUGGGAGGAUGGGGUGGUGAUGAGCAUGGUGGUGGGAGAGCUGGAGAGUCUAGUUAUGGGGAGGAAGCUGCAUCUGACCAUCAAUAUGGUGAGGUUAGUCAUGAUAGAGGAGGUAGGCAAAACCCCAUGAAAGAAAAAGAUAGAGCGUCAGAAAGGGAGUGGUCUGGUUCAUCUGAAAGAAGGUAUCGUGAUGAUAGAGAACCAGGGUAUGAUAGGGACAUACCUAGGGAGAAGGAUAUGGGCCAUGGUCAGGAAUGGCCAGAAAGAAGGCACCGGGAUGAUAGAGACAUUGGUCGAGAACGUGAUAGGGAGCGUGACAGGGAUAGGGAGCGCUCUCGAGAUCGUGACCGCGAGCGUGAUAAGGAACGUGAUCGCGACAGGGAUAGGGAUCGAUAUAGGGAAGACAGAGACAGAUAUGCAGAUCAUCAUAGGUACAGGGACCGUGAGCCAGAGCAUGAUGAUGAUUGGGACAGGGGACGGUCAUCAAGGACUCACAGCAAGUCACGAUUAUCACAGGAGGAGGAGCAUCGCUCAAGAUCUAAAGAUGCUGAUUAUGGGAAGAGGAGAAGGCUUACCUCAGAGUGACUUAUCUGACUCUUCUUAUAGCAGAAACUCUGUUAGAAAAAAAAUCAGUAACUACAAAACCUCAGUUCAUCGUUCCCUUUUGAUAUCUCUCUCAACUGUU